AUGUUAAAAGUACAUUUACGUCGAUCAUUUACCUCCUGCUCGAGGUUUUACAAACAGUCUAGUCCAUUAAAAUCAGUUUAUGGAGAAAUUUUAAACAAUCCCGCCCUCGUAACAUUGAAGAGUGGACUACCUCAAGAGUAUGAGGAAUUUCAACCAUAUGGUUUCUCCAAGAUCAUCAGAGAUGCCAUUGAACGAAGCGAAAUCGACACGUCCUCAAAAAUCACUAUUCAUAAUCAAAUGAUAGAAAUGUUGACUGACUAUGAUUAUGGGAUAGCGACGAUUCACUCAAAAGAGUUGCAAAGACUUAGUGGGAAACUGAGUGCAGAUGGUUUCAUUAAGUUAAUUCAGAACAAUCCUGGUCGGGCUAAGACCUCCUGGGAACUUUUUUUAGAAUAUCUUCCGAUCGCCAGGAGCAUAGAUGGGGCAUUAACAACUGUCCUUGGUAAAGUUCUCUUUUUGGACUUGGCAGAUGUGAAAGACGGUAAAAAGUAUCCCGACAUUGAAGAUCUCUCAAGAGCAAUUGCUCUCAUUGAAACAAUAAAAUCAAAAGAAUUAAUUACGGAAGAUUAUUGGGAGCGCCUCCUAGAGUGCAGUCUGGUCUUGAACGCAUCAAGCAUACUUCCUUAUAUCAUGCAACAUUAUCCUGUCAGAAAAAGAGAUAAAUUGAUCGAAAAUGAUAUAACAGAUUUUCAGUUCUUUCAGUUAGCACACAAACAAUAUAGUGAACUUAUGAAGGGGGACGAGGCCUGUUUCCUAAAACUGCUCCGGCUUAUCGGAGAAAUGCCUGUUAUAGAAAUGACAGAAGAAGAGAAGGCUGCGUGCUCCAGAAUUGAAAGAGAAUUGAUUAGGAUAAAGAAACUAAUAUGUGAAGUUGAUAUUCAGCUAUCCCCAUGUAGUAUAAAAACAGGUGAGAUCUAUAAAGAAAUUGUGACAGAAGUGAGAAAAUCUGGAUCAGAUCGAGGCAACAUACAGCUGGCGAAGAUAAUCUUGAGGACAAUGGCAAUGUACAAAAAUGACAUCGAGAGUGCUUUGAAAUUAUAUCAUUCUUACAUGGUAACCAAUGCUGAUCAUCCGAGUGACUUAAUGUAUGAAAUGUUCUUGGCAUUUGCAUAUCAAGCCUUCAAGACAUCAGAUGAAAAACUCCUCAUUGUUGCCGAGGCAUUCAUUCCUCAAACCGUUAGCCCCUCUAUGAAGUUAAACGUCUACAGAGCAUUAAUCCUAGCUUACUCGAAAUUCAAUCCUCAAAAAAGUUUAGAGAUUUUCAAUUCUCAUAUACAAGACUUCAGCAAAGAAGUUAAUCCUCAAAGCUUCAAAUCAGCAAGCGGACUUUUUGUCGAAUCUUUGAUUCUCGCGCAACUAGCAAAUAAAGAUAGAGAGUUUUCACACGUCAUAUUUGAGGGUGCUGUCGGAGAAGGGAUCCUGUCAGGGCCAACUGCAAUUAAGGGAGUGAAGGCGAUUUUUGCUCAUUAUGGUGAACUUUUAGAAAGAGAUAGUUUUAAAAAAGAUAUGCAAGGUAAGAUCUUAUCUACCUUACAAACAUUAUGA